AUCCAGAAGCAGAGCAUUGUGUCCCUCCUGGAGAGGUUUAUGUUGGGAGGAUCUCCAGAAGUUUCUCUUGAAGCAACGAAUGUGAAUAUUCCAUCUGAAGAUCCAUGUGGUGGAAGUAAUCCUGAAGCUCAGUCUAGUGUGACUCCGCAAAACAACCAACAUCGCAGCAGGACUAUAUUUUCUACAGACCAAACAGACAUCCUAGAAAAAGAAUUUCAGCGUGUUCAGUAUCCAGAUAUGGCCACCAGGGAGAAACUUGCAACGGACACCGGGCUUCCUGAAGUCACCAUCAGAAUCUGGUUUUCUAACAGAAGAGCAAAAUGGCGGCGUGAAGAGAAAAUGAAGAUGGAUGCAAAAUAUUCAGGUUCAAGGCAGGAAUUACUAGUGCCACAUUUUGGACUUACCCCAUUUAAUUCUUCGAUGCUGAGCAAGUGUCUCUCACCACAGAGGCAGCCAGUGGUGGAUAUUGCGCCCUAUGGAUUAGAUAGAAUCUCAUCUUAUAAAUUUCAUCCCAACGCUUCCCAGCUAUUCCAAGGAGAAGAGGCUUCAACAAGACAUUCCACUGUUUCUCCACCACCUCCUUUUACAAGCAAUACUAUGUUUCCUGCCGAUUUUUCAUUAAAUGCUGACAUUACCAGUUUAGAUGGCACAUCACUUCCUGUCUCCAUGGCGAUACAGCCACUGUCCCUUCCUCUUCACCAUGGCGUCAGUACAUCAAACAGGUAUCCUCCUGUAUCAUUUGUCUGUAUGGACAAUUAUGGAUUCCAAAGAAAUCAUCAUAGCUGUGGGUCACCAUGGACAUUUGAAGGGCUGCGUCCUGUGUACCACUACUAAAAGUAAAAAAGAUUGCACCAGUUUGGACCACAGUUUAAUCAAGCUUCAUAUUCACAAGGUCCUAAACUUCUGCAGAAUGAACCAUGGUUUAUUAAAAGAUUUCUGUUUAUUUUACGAAUGAAAUGCUGGGAAGCUGCAUUAUAACUUUUGUGACUUGAAACAAGAACUGCUGGAAAGAGAUGUAAUCAAAUAUUCUGCACAAAACCAUAUUACUCUUUUGGUGUUAUUAGGGUAAAGCAUUAGCUGUGGGGGUAUCAAAUCUACUUAUAUUUGACGUCCAUGUUGUAUAUUUGUUCUUCUUAAACCAUAUAUAUGUGAUGUCUUUGUUUUUGUAACACAAAUAAGUGAAUAACAAAAAAUUCUUCAAG